UUCACUCCACUCUUCCGCCUCACCGUCGCCAUGGCGGAACACACCGAUGAACACCAGUACCACCCCGUCGACGCGAUCGGCAAGUCCGUCCGGGCUGCGCUUGUCACUGGAACUGCCGGCGCAUUCGUCUCCACGAUCCAGAACACCUUGACGAGGCAGAAUGUCGGACUUAUGGGUGUCUUCACAAGGACGGGAAGCACCAUCGCUGUGUUUGCUGCCAUGGGCGGAGCCUACUCUUUCACAUCAUGCGCUGCCGCGAAUUUGAGGCAAAAGGACGACACGUGGAACACGACGAUUGGAGGAGCGUUCGCUGGAACCAUGCUUGGGCUAAGAUUUCGAUCCGGUCCUGCAGUCAUUGGAUACGGCUCAGCAAUGGCUGUCGUGCUCAGCGCUUUCCACUUCACCGGAGGUCGCAUGUCAGGUUUCAAGAAGGAUCCGGAGAUUGAUGAGGUUAGCCGGAAAGAGUACAUGAGAAAGAACAGGAGGCGAUCGAUUGAGGAGACUGUGAACGAGCUGGGGGAGGGCCGAGGUAUCUACGCUCCAGGCUACCCGGAGCGCAGAGCAGAGCGGAUCAAGGAGCGCUACGGAAUCGAUGUUCCCGUCUCAUCAUCGUAGAGCAGGGGUAGGCACUCGAACGUGGCGGGAGGGCACCU